AAGCGGUGGCAGUAAUGCAUAGCCCAAGAGUAUGUUUUGCUAACCACGAGGAAUUCCAUUCACCAAGAAAGUUAUCUCUACGACGGUGUUCUCCACGGGAGUUUGAGCAACGUUGGUUCAAGAAUAGAAACGUUUGCGAGGAUAAACACUUGUUCACGUUUUGUGCGACCUAAACAGCAGGUUAACUAACGUAUGCAGAGCUUAAUUGGGUUACUUGAGCCUACUUGAGGCUAUAGAAAACAUUGGAUGGGAUCAUCGGUGCGUUGUUGGGAACAUGGACCACGGACCACGGACGCAGCAGGUUGACCUGCCUAACGUGGUGGUGGUGGUGGUGAAAGAAGAAUCUAUAAAAGAGGAGGAAUAUGACCUUAAGAUUGCAUGUCAAGGUGAAGACGAAAAGCCCUUUGCAGAGCUUGACUGUAAAACUGAGACAGACUUCGCAGGGUCCAACGUUACUUAUCCUACUGAAACAUGGACAAAGACGGAGAUCGAAGUGGAAAUCGAAGAAGAGGACGAAGAGCACAAUUAUCUGCCGGAAAGUGUAUCAGACCACUCGUAUGCAAUUCAACAGAAAAUCCGUGGACAAAGUGAUGAACUCAUCCUGCAGCUCAAAGGAGGUCUGCACCACUGCUCAGUCUGCAGGAGGAGUUUCACGACCCUCACUAAACUUGAGAAACACCAGCGAACACACUCUGUAAGCAUGAAUGAAAAGAAGUUGUCAUGCAGCAAAGCCCGCAAGAGGAGUUUCACAGCUCUGACAGAACUCAAGAAAGACCAGAAAACACACUCUGUUAGGGUGAAUGAAAAUGAUUUGUCACAGAACAGAAAGCCACAUAAAUGUGCUCAUUGUGAAAAAGCAUUUACAAGAGCCACAGUACUGAAGCAACACAUGCUUGAACACGUUGGAGAGAAGCCUCAUAAAUGUAUUCUAUGCGGGAAAGGUUUUUCACGAAUCUCACAACUUGAAUUUCAUAUACAAACUGAAGAAAAGCCUCUAAAAUGUAUCCACUGUAGAAAAACUUUUAUUAAAAGUUGGGACCUGAAUCACCAUAUGCUUAGUCACACUAAACCUCAUAAAUGUGUCAAAUGUGGGAAAGGGUUUUCAGAAAUCUCAAAUCUCAAAACCCAUAUGCGUUCACACACUGGGGAGAAGCCUUAUAAAUGCGGUCAGUGUGGUCAAGGUUUUUCACUUAGGUCAGCUCUGGUAUCCCAUAGGAUGACACACCCUGGAGAGAUGCCUCAUAAAUGUGCCCAGUGUGGGAAAGGAUUUUAUAUGAUUUCAUACCUUAGAUCCCAUAUGUUGAUACACUCUCAAGGGAAGCCUCAUAAAUGUGCCCAGUGUGGAAAAGCUUUUUCAAAAAUGUCAAUUCUUGAAAGUCAUGCGUGUACACACUGCUAAGAAGCCUCAUAAAUAUGGCCAGUAAGAUUAUUUACUAACAUGCAUUUUCAUGUAACCCUGAAUAAGUUGUAAGAAGUUUUGUUUCCCAUGUGAAAUAAAUGUACAAGAGGGAAGAGGGUUUGGAAAAGGGAUCUUAUUUAUGUUUGUUUAUAUCUGUGUAAAUAUGCAGGAAAUGUACUUGUUUUUAUGUCUCUGUAUGUUUUAUUUAAUUACAUCAUGUUUUCUGAUUUAUCCUCAUUUGUGCAUUAUUUUGUUGAAU